GGUGAAUGCAUCUAAGGACGUCGCCACUCUCGGGACGAACCGAUUGCGCCUCCCCCGGAUCUACCAGAAACCUGUUAGGCAGCCUGCUCAGCCUUCAUAUCUUCUAGCUCCCGGCGAUCUGCUCCCCGUCCAUCUGUGCCCUGCAUCCAGUCAUUGAUGGGAGCAGGCUAUCAGCGUCGAUAAGCUGACUGGCCUUGCUUUCAUUGCAGGCUUCUGCAGGACAGCCCUUGAUGUAUUCCUGGAUGGUUUGAGACUGACGUCGGCUGCAGUGAAUCCUGUUUCGGCAGCUUCCCAUGGAUGUCAAAGCAUGUCUUCCAGAGAGCUGUACACAAUGCAAUAUAUAUAGGCUUCCCGACUGCCAAUCUUCGUCCAUCUGAUGGAGAGUCCAAGUAUUUUGAAACGAGCAUCUUUUCUCGCGACCUCUCACCUGUUCCUCGAAGUCGCAUCGUGCCGAACAUCUAUGAAACUAGCAGAAGGUUAGCAGAAAAGCAGUUUGUCAGGUUCAUCCGGGCUCGUCUGGGCGCCUCGCUGGGAGCUCUUCGUCCCUUGUCUAGACGGGACGAGCCAGCCCCCGCCUGUCGGGACAGUUCGUGUCAACCUCCCGUCUUCCCCAGGUGCUGCUGCCCGACAUGCCGCCUUUCUCCACAAGGAAUUGUGGACACAAAUUGCGUCGGAAAAGGUGAAAGAGAUUGUUAUCAGUUUGACACAGACACUUCACAAAGACCCGGCGGACAUUACGUGAGGACAUCAAUCAUGGGCGACCAAUCAGCAGCGCGCGAAUUCCUUAUCUCGAAUCCCCCUGCGCGCUGGCAGAUUGGCGUUCAGCCCACCCAUGCCUCCCAUGCUUGCAGCCGCAAAGCUGUGGGGAACGCCCGACAUCGCAACGGCCCGUUGGAUUUGCGGCUUUUAUUUUUCUUCUUUUCGAUGCUCUGGCAACUCUGUUUCACGGAUAUCAACUUCAUUCGGAUUAUUAUUCACAUCGUGGGGUUGCCGUGGACCGAGUUGGGCUGCCACGAUUGAUGCCUUUCGAAGCUGUGGAAGGGGAUGGGAAGCGCGGGAAAAGGGGGUUGCCAGAAAGAAAUGCCUCACAUCUCCAUGAAUGGAGUGUCGAAAACCCAGGAUAACCGCACCCCACUAGUUGUGGUUGCGCAAC